GAGGAGUCGAUUGACAUGGAGAAUGCCUCCCUCACAGCGGAGGAUAUUUACUUCAGUGUGUUUUGGCGGCGAUUAACUUCAGUAACGUUUUCACGGAGGCGUCCCGAAUAAAUUUAAGCAACACUCCGAGAGACGAGCCGAAACACUGAACGCGACGGCGGGAGGAAACGAACCAAACAACUCUGGAAAGGAGAGGAAAAGGCACCUCGAGCGUUGUUUAUUUUGUCCUGACCACUCCAGCCUUUUCCUCUGGACAGUAAUGUUGCGCAGUAUUUGUUGCUUCCACGUUUGAGGGACCCUUUCGCCUUCUGGUCCCGUCUCAGGUCGUAUUUUGAAGCUGUGGUCAGUAACGGUCUCUCGCAGCCGCGAGGAAGGAACGUUCGGGAAUCCGCAGCCUGUGGAGCUCAGAUGUAGCUCAACAAGCUAACGAGGCUAAAACGCUGAACUUUCCAACCGUCGGAAUUUCUUCAUGUUUUUUUGUGGAUGGCGGGGGUGAACAGUACUUACUGUUGUCUCAAGACAUGCGAUGGGAUUAAGUGAGGCCUUUCGACACGACAACAAAACUUCUCGGCUUCACUACAGGCGGUCAGGUCUGCUGAGGACAGUCACACCCCAGAAAAUGUGAAAGGCUCAUUAAAAAGCCCUCCACCACAUUAGUCUUGCAGAAAUAGCAAUGGAGAGGAGCAAGCGCAACUCCAUUGCUGGGUUCCCUACGCGGCCUAAUCGCCUGGAGGACCUGGACGGUGGAGGCGUUGGAGGUGAGAUGGGCCCUGCCCAGUUGGAUAGGGUUUGCACCUCUUCCUAUCGUGCCCUCAUCAGUGCCUUCUCCUGCCUGACGCGCCUUGAUGACUUCAUAUGUGAACGGAUUGGCUCUGGCUUCUUCUCAGAGGUCUACAAGGUGCGUCACAGAGCCUCAGACCAGGUGAUGGCUCUGAAGAUGAACAAGCUGAGCAGUAACCGGGCCAACAUGCUGCGAGAAGUACAGCUCAUGAACAGACUCUCCCACCCCAACAUCCUCAGGUUCAUGGGUGUAUGUGUGCAGGAAGGUCAGCUCCAUGCCCUCACAGAGUACAUUAAUGGUGGUAACUUGGAGCAGCUGCUGGACAGCAACAAGUACCUGAGCUGGGCAACACGGGUUAAACUGGCCUCCGACAUCGCGAUGGGCUUGGCCUAUCUGCACUCAAAGGGCAUCUUUCACAGAGAUCUCACCUCCAAGAACUGCCUGAUCAAAUCUGAUGAAAACAGCUACACCGCAGUUGUUGGAGACUUUGGCCUUGCAGAGAAGAUCCCCAGUCAUGAUGCCGAUGGGGAAAAGCUGGCAGUUGUGGGAUCUCCGUUCUGGAUGGCUCCCGAGGUGCUGAGAGAUGAACCAUACAACGAGAAGGCUGAUGUCUUCUCUUACGGUAUCAUCUUGUGUGAGGUAAUCGCAAGGAUACAGGCUGAUCCAGACUAUCUGCCCCGCACUGAAAAUUUUGGGCUGGAUUACCACGCGUUCCAGCACAUGGUCGGAGACUGUCCCCCUGACUUCCUGCAGCUGGCCUUCAACUGCUGCAAUAUGGACCCAAAGCUCAGGCCCUCAUUCCCAGAUAUAGUGAAGAGGCUGGAGGAGAUCCAGAGGCGCCUGAAAGCUGAAGACUCAGAGCGGGAGAGGCUACACCUCCCGACAGAGAUUGAGAAAAAGACUAUCCCCAAAGGAGAUAAGUUCCAGGGCAUAAAGAGGUUGAACCCCAUCGGCCUCCAGGACGACAAGAUCCCGCCCAAAUCGCCCCGUCCACGGCGCAACAUCUGGCUUUCUCGUAGCCAGUCCGACAUCUUUUCCCGCAAGCCGGGCCGCAAGGCCAAUGUCCAGGACUCUAACUACUGCCCCGGGUCACGGGAACCAUCGCGGGGGGUCCCUAAGGUCAACCCCUUCAGUGCCAGGGAGGAUCUGAAGGGUGGUAAAAUCAAGUUCUUCGACAUGCCCAGCAAGUCAGUGUUCUCCCUUAUGUUUGACCUGCACUCUCCACACGGCACUCUGAGCGCGUACCAGCCGCAGCCCAACGGCAGCAGUGGCGCCGUGUGCAGCGGAUCCUCUGCUCCUUGGCCUGAACUAUGGCAGCUGCCCGGCCGCCAGUGCCGCUCGCUGCCCGUCUCGCCUCAGCCGGCCCUGUCCGAGGUUUUCUGCGCCAGCAGGAGCGAGCCUGGAGAGGCCAGGCCCAAGGUGCUCAGCGGCUGGGCAAAAAAAUACGCAGUGAUGGAGAUCCCACCAUACAGGCCGAGAGCAGAGAGGGAGGUGGAGCCAGAUGAAGAGCAGGGGCCAGAGCCAGAGCUCAGCCAAUCAUGUCCUGCCUACACCUACUGGCCAAGGACAGAUUGUGAAUUGGAAGCAGACGAAGGGGCGGAACCAGACGAUAACUGGUCGUGCCCUGCCUCCACUGAUACUGAGGCAGAAGCCAUGGACUGCUCUAGCAGCAGAGGCAGCCCCAUUGAUGACAAUAAAGAGCAAAACCUGGGCCUGGUUCACCUGCAGAACCGAAACGGACAGCGCCCGGCGCCCUGCGAGGACAUGGAGGCCGAGGAUCAAGAGGACAUGCUGACCUUGUCCUCCUCGACCAAUAGGAACUCUCUCGGUCUGAGCGUUUCCAUGGAGCCGCAGGAGCUCCGCUCCAUCGUCCUUGCACCCUGCCGGGCAUCUAGGUCAUCUGACCUCCUGUCCCGCUGUGACAUCUAAAAGACGCCGCGGAAGUCAUCCCGAAGAUUGACCCAGCGGUCAGGAACAGAUGCCGUGCACAUAGUUUUCAUGAUUAUAUUUAAUACGCUUAAUAGAUGUACAUUUUCUAUUGUUUCUUGGAAGAAAAAGGAAACCCUCCUAACUUAAGCACACAUUUGUUUUUUGUUUUUGUUUUUUUUUUGUGGCAUGACGUGUGAAACACCGAUCCAGACUGUUACCCAACAAACCAUCAAGCGCUCACAUAGACAGAGAACAAAUAAGCUAAUAAGCUAUGAUGCAUAGCUCUAAUGGGUUAUUACAAUCGACACAUCUUGUUUGAAUGUAUUUUAACACCCUUGCACUGCGUUUACUUAAUUGGUUAAACACGUUUUUAUAUCCUGACAAACUCACAGAUUCUGUGUUUAUGUAGAUAUAAACUGGGUUUUCCUAAUUACAAUAAAUAAACCAUUCUGAAA